AUGAGUCAAUCUGGCCCACCUGCGGACGCCAAGCAAGCACAAGCAGCGGCUUUACAAGAGCUUGAAGCAGCUCAACGAAGAAAGCGAACAAUUGAUACAUCUUUAGCCAACUUGGAGCAUUCCAUAUACGCAUUCGAGGGUAGUUACCUGGACGAAACUGCUGCUUCAGGUGGAAAUAUCAUCAAAAAGAAGAUUGAGGUGACUGAAGGAGAUAGACUAUUCAGUACCAGUAGUGGAACCUAUCAGCAGAGCCUAGCUGCUAAAAGACAGCAGGAAGCUGAUAUGAUGGCUUACGUUUCCAAGCAUCCACCUUCGAAGUGA